UGGGAGUACAGGGGCACUCGUGUGUGCUUGCGGAUUUCCCGAGUCGCCUGAGCGACCCUGUGCUUCCCGCGAACUUAUGCCAUUUCUUUUUCGUUUCGGCGUCGCUCAUCGUGUCUGGUCCAACUGAAGUGAAAUCAGCAUUUAUUAAAGAAUGGACGCUCCGCCAGAGGGAAACGUUGACCCCGAGUCCUGCAACGAAAUAGAGGAUGAGAAGUCUGGUUCCGAGUGCCAGUCGAUGCCGGCCUACAUGAACUCGGUUCUGAGGCGUCAAUACCUUCAAGAAAUGGUCAAGUCUCUGCCAGCUCCGGUGCAGAAUCGUAUUGUGUUCUUGAAAAACCUGCAGUUGGAGCACCUGAAAAUAGAGGCCGAGUUUUUUGAGGAGGUCUACAAGCUGGAGCAGAAGUACCAGAUCAAAUACCAGCCGCUGUUCGACAAGCGCAGGGAAGUCGUCGAGGGCAAGGUAGAUCCCGCCGAGGAGAAACCCAACUGGAAGGAGCCAGAGCAGUUGACGGACAACGAAGCAGAUGCUGAGCACUUCCGCGAGGCGCUCAAGAGUUUGAAAAGUAUUCCCCAGGAUGCCAAGGGCAUUCCCGACUUCUGGCUGACGGUGUUCCGCAACACUGAGAUUCUCUCCGAAAUGGUGCAGCCCCACGAUGAGCCGGCCAUGCGCAAACUGACCGACAUAUCCAUUAAGUACGACACUGGGCAUUCGUAUACCUUGGAGUUUCAUUUCGACAAGAACGAGUACUUCACCAACUCUGUUCUUACAAAACAGUACGUGCUGAAGUCUACUGUGGAUCCCGACGACCCGUUCGCAUUCGAAGGUCCAGAGAUUUAUAAGUGCACGGGCUGCACCAUCAAUUGGGAGAAGAAGAUGAACCUGACCGUCAAGACCAUCCGAAAGAAGCAGAAACACAAGGAGCGUGGCGCUGUGCGCACCAUUGUCAAGCAGGUUCCAACAGAUUCUUUCUUCAAUUUCUUUAAUCCACCAGAGGUUCCAACCGGCGAGGAGGAAAUAGAUGACGAAUCUCAACAGAUAUUGGCAACCGAUUUCGAAAUUGGGCACUUCUUGCGCGCCAGAAUUAUUCCAAAAGCGGUGCUUUACUAUACUGGCGACAUUGUUGAUGAUGAGGACGACGAAGAUGAGGAGGAGUUUGACGAAAAUGAAGAUGAUGAAUACGACGAUGAUGAUGCCCCGCCAGCAAAGGGCCCAAACAAACCUACCGGCAACAAGAAACAGUCGCCCAACGACUGCCCGAAUCAGUAGGCAUAUUGAUAUGGAUGGUUUACCGAUAUAAUGUAUAUACAUAAUUCAAAUUUGAUUUGAAAUAUAUUUUUGGUGAAUUAAAAGUAAAUACAAAUGAU